AUGAAGCUACGCAAAGAUGAAGGAAGUGAACCAGUAAAUAGUACAGAGUAUCGAAGCAUAGUGGGAGCAUUGAGAUACUUAACCCACACACGACCUGACAUCUCUUUCGCAGUUGGAAUUGUAAGCCGUUUUAUGGAGAAGCCCCAGUUAAAACAUCUCCAAGCUGUGAAAGUCAUACUCAGAUACAUCAAAGGUACAAUGGAUUUUGGUAUAAAGUACUCAAAAGAAAAGAAAGAAACUACGUUGCUCGGGUACACAGACAGUGAUCAUGGAAAUGAUCUAAAUGAUGGAAGAAGCACAAGUGGUAUGGGCUAUUAUGUGAAUUCUAAUCUGAUCACAAGGACGUCUCAAAAACAAAAGUGCGUAGCACUUUCAUCCUGUGAGGCAGAAUUUAUGGCAGCAACUCUUGCAACGUUUCAGGGUGUUUGGCUGCAAAGAAUGAUCACUGGGAUAACAAGUCAAAAGGUCCCACCAGUGGAGAUGAAGGUAGAUAACAAAUCAUCACUGGAUUUAAUGAAAAAUCCAGUGUUCCACGGAAGAAGCAAACAUAUUGAUAUCCAUUUUCAUUUCAUUUGUGAAUGUGUGGAAAAUGGGGAGAUCAAAGUCUCACAUGUUUGUAGCAAUGAACAGAAAGCGGAUAUCCUGACAAAACCACCUGGACGAGUCAAGUUUGAGGAAAUGUGA